GGGGCAUGGGGGCUGCAGGGGAGCCCUGGGGGCUGCAGGGGAGCCGUGGGGCAGAGCCCCCCCUCGCCCGCCCCCUCUGACGCCCGUCCCCGCAGGAGCGUCGCCGCCGGGGCAGCGCCAUGGAGGCCUCGUGCGGCGGCGGCGGGGGGGGGGGGGCUGCUGCACGUGGACUUCCCCGAGAUCACCAGCGCCCUCCUGGCCAACCUGAACCAGCAGCGGGUGGAGGGGAAGCUCUGCGACAUCUCCAUCCACGUCCAGGGCCGCGUGUUCCGCGCGCACCGCGCCGUGCUGGCCGCCUCCUCGCCCUACUUCCACGACCAGGUGCUGCUGAAGAACGUCACCUCCAUCGUCCUGCCCAGCGUCAUGGACCCCGCCGCCUUCGAGACCGUGCUGGGCUCGGCCUACACCGGCCGCCUCUCCAUGGCCCCCGGGGACAUCGUCAACUUCCUGACGGUGGGCAGCGUCCUGCAGAUGUGGCACAUCGUGGACAAGUGCACCGAGCUCCUCAAGGAAGGCCGCGCCGCGCCCUCCUCCUCCUCCUCCUCCUCCUCCUCCUCCUCCUCCUCCUCGUCCUCCUCGUCCUCGCUGCGCGCCCACUCCAGCCGCACCAGCGACAACCAGUCCCCCAGCAGCUCCAACUACUUCAGCCCCCGCGAGGCCGCCGACGAGCCCCACAAGUGCCCCCCGGCUCGCGGCGGGGGCGGCCCGGCGGGGAAGGGCGGCGGCGGCGGCGAGCUGCUGGAGGCCGAGGAAGAGGACGGCGAGGCCGCGCGCCGCCCCCUCUACGUGCAGCCCAGCAUCGUGCCCCAGAAGCAGUGGGUCUACGUCAAGCAGGAGUGGCUGCAGGAGGACCUGGUCCUCACCUGCGAGGAGGACGAGGACCCGGUGGAGGGCCCGGCGCGGGCCGAGGGACCCUCGCGGCCUCCCCCCCCCCCUCCUCCUCCUCCUCCUCCUCCUUCCUCCGCCAAGCUGGAGGAGCAGGUGAACUUCUGCGAGUCCUCCGAGGAUUUCCCCUCGCCCUACGAGGCGCUGGAGGAGGCCGGGGGCCCGGCGGGCUUCGCCCCGCGCUCGCUGCUCCCCAUGGACAUGCAGGGCAACCAGAUCCUGGUGUUCCCGGCCCAGGCGCCGGCCGAGCACGGCGCCGUGCAGCUGGCGGCGGCGGCGGCCGACGGCAACAAGAUCUUCAUGUGCCACUGCGGGAAGGCCUUCUCGCACAAGAGCAUGCGGGACCGCCACGUCAACAUGCACCUCAACCUGCGGCCCUUCGACUGCCCCGUCUGCGGCAAGAAGUUCAAGAUGAAGCACCACCUCACCGAGCACAUGAAGACCCACACCGGCCUCAAGCCCUACCAGUGCGCCGUCUGCGCCAAGAAGUUCAUGUGGCGCGACAGCUUCAUGCGGCACAAGGGGCACUGCGAGCGCCGGCACCGCCUGGCCUCGGGGGCUCUGCCUCCCCCCGGCGCCGCCGCCACCCGCAAGGAGCUCGGGGGGGGACCCGAGGGGGACUGGGGGGCGCUGCGGGAGGCGCCGGCCCCGGGGUCUCCCCGCGGGGAGCUGGCGUUCGCCGGGGGGAAGGCGUGA